AUGUCAAUCCAUACAACAUCCUCGACCACAACUAUUUCCUACGAGUCAGUCACUCCCAUCUCCCACUGUCCAAACCGUCGACCCAGAGUUGAACUUCUCGACCUAUCUGUGCCCUUCAUCGCCAAUUUUAUUCAGCGCCUGCCCAGCGAGCUGGCCGAACUUAUCUUGGACCACGUCCUGGUCAGUACUAUCGCACCUACAAUCCAAAUAACGGGCGAAUGGCGUCCGCCCGUCUCCCACCGGAUCAAUCGCGCAUUGCGCACAAAGUACCGCAAAGAGUUCUUCCUGUCCAAGACGUUUAUUUUCCGGGCUGACGAGUUGGUCCAUGGGAGUGUUCGUGGUCGGAGCUUGUGUGAGCUUUGGGCGAGAGCGUUCGAUGGGAAAGGAACGAUUGUGGAGGAUAUGACAUUCUAUCUGGCCUUUUAG